GAUAGAGAUAGAAAACCAACACUGAACCAGUUCUUGCCCGAAUAUAGGUACCACUUUAGUCCGUGCGGAGGGGUUCGAGCGCUCGAACCUCGAAGAACUUGACAAAAGUCGACAGCGCUAAGAAGACGAAACAGGAGAUUUUGAGCCAAUCAAUACUAUUCUCUUUUCAGAUCCGAUAAGAACCGGGGAACAUGACGCCAUAUGGUGUUUUUCCCCCUGGAUUCCAGGCUGUUCCUGACUGCAAGUCUCCGGUCCACGUCACCUCAUUCCACGAGGGCUUGGAAUGCUGCCGUGCCACUUUUCUUCUUUUUCUUAUCUUCUCUUAUUCUUUAUGUCCCUUUUUUUCUUAUGUCUUGUUUUCGGCCUUGACAUGCCACAGCCCUGGGGUGAAAGUCGGUCCUUGGCCUGCGGUCCGUUCCGUGAUAUCCGUUAGCUAUCGUGUGUAGUGUGUACUUCCUGUAACUACACUAAUACAUGUCUAGUUCUGCCGAUGUU